AUGCGUCUGGUGUGGAAGUGGCUGGAUAAGGCGCGGUGCCUUCGGAAGCGAUCCAUCAUCCCCAUCCUCGUCAUCCUCACCACACUGCUACUCUUCAUCAACUAUAUAGAGGAGGACGGCUAUGUACUGGAGGAGGACAAGUGUCAGGUGCGAGAGGCGUCGUCGGUCCACCGCCUGGGUUCCGAGCGAUAUCUACACACCUUUAAGGACCUCACCAACUUCACCGGCAGCAUUAACGUCACCUACGGAUACCUCGCCGGCAACCCCCUGCCCAGGAAGAAAUACCUGACGAUCGGCUUGUCGUCUGUGAAGCGUCGCCGUGGCAACUACCUGGCGGAGACGAUCCGGUCGAUCUUCGAGCAGUCAAGUUUCGAGGAGCUGGCGGAGCUCCUUGUGGUGGUCCACCUGGCGGAGGCCGACCUCGCCUGGUGCGAAGCACUCGUCAACGAGAUCUCACGACGCUUCGCCCAUCACAUCAUUGCCGGCCGCCUGCUCAUCAUCCACGCCCCUGAGGAGUUCUAUCCCCCCCUAGACGGGCUCAAGCGGAAUUACAACGAUCCCGAUGACAGGGUGCGUUUCCGCUCUAAGCAGAAUGUGGACUAUGCGUUCCUCCUGAACUUCUGCAGUAACCUGUCUACAUACUACAUGAUGCUGGAGGAUGAUGUCCGCUGCUCGAAGAAUUUUCUGUCCGCCCUCAAGAAGGUGAUCUCGUCUCGUGAGGGCUCUUACUGGGUGACUCUCGAGUUCUCCAAGCUGGGCUACAUCGGGAAGCUGUACCACUCGCGCGACCUGCCGCGAUUGGCCGCCUUCCUGCUCAUGUUCUACCAGGAAAUGCCCUGUGAUUGGCUCCUCAUCCACUUUCGGGGCCUCCUGGCCCAGCGUGAGCCAAUCAGAUUCAAGCCCUCGCUGUUCCAGCAUAUGGGCUACUACUCCUCCUACAGGGGGGCGGAGAACAAGCUGAAGGACGACGACUUUGAGGAGGACGCGCUCGACAACCUGCCCGACAACCCCCCGGCGACCACCACAACCAACAUCAACGUGUUCGAGGGCUACGUGGCUGCCAAGGCAUACAGUAGUGUGGAUGAGUACUUCUGGGGUAAGGCGCCCUCCACUGGUGACGUGUUCAUCGUAACGCUCCACCAGCCUGCCAAGAUCAGCCGCAUCCGCGUUGCCACGGGAACAGACGAGCGGCGUGACGACGUGCUGCGCCACGGAGCUCUGGAGGUUGGUGAGAAGGCCGUAGGCACAAAGAAGGGCGGGCGGCAAUGUAGCGCUUACGUGACCUUGGCAGAGUUUAAGGACGGCAGCGUGGAGGUGGCCGACGUGGACCGCAAGAUCUCCUUCGACGUGGAGUGUGUCCGCAUCGUGGUCACCGCCGGCCAGAAGGACUGGCUGAUCAUCAGGAGCAUUAGCCUCUGGACUACUCAGAACAAUAACUUAUAG